AUGGCGCAAUCAGCGAUCCUAUUGGCUCUGCAAAUGGGUGGAACUACGUCACCCCCCACUUCGCCGUAGAGUAGUUUUUCCCCAUCCCCACCGUUACAAUUAUAAAUACCCAAAGCCCCGCACUUGGAGAGUUGGACUGUUGGAUAGUGGAACUGAACAGAGUGAAAAAUCAAAGACUUGUCGAACUCGCAGCAUUUCUUCACGAAUUCAAAUCUGUCUUAGGGUCUGUUUUGGUGCUCACUUCAGGUAUUUUUGGGCUUGUGACUUCUUUUUUGGUUGGAACAAUGUCAAUUUCCGUAAAUUCAUCAGACCGGGUUUGUGGAAAUGGAAUCCAGCAUGUUGAACUACUUCCUGCAACCAAUGAUGUCCAUGGAGGAGUUAUUGUAGACAUGAAGGAUGCUAUGGAUGCUCAACACUUUCUUACUCUGCUUAGGGCUUCAAUCUCACAAUGGAGGAGAGAGGGCAAGAAGGGUGUGUGGAUAAAAUUGCCAAUUGAGCUUGUAAAUCUUGUCGAAACGGCAGUUAAGGAGGGGUUUCGAUAUCAUCAUGCUGAGCCACACUACCUCAUGCUUGUUUAUUGGAUUCCUGAAACUACUAAUACUCUACCUGCAAAUGCUUCACACCGAGUAGGUGUUGGGGCUAUUGUUGUGAAUGAUAAAAGAGAGAUGCUUGUAGUCCAGGAGAAGAGUGGCAGGUUCCAAGGAACAGGUGUGUGGAAAAUCCCAACUGGAGUUGUUGACGAGGGUGAGGAUAUUUUUAAGGCAGUUGUAAGAGAAGUUAAAGAAGAGACAGGGAUUGAUGCAGAAUUUUUGGAGGUAUUAGCAUUCAGGCAAUCACACAAGUCAUUCUUUGAGAAGUCAGAUCUAUUUUUCGUGUGUAUGCUGCAUCCUCUAACCUUUGACAUCGAAAAGCAAGAACUGGAGAUUGAGGCAGCCAAGUGGAUGCCACUUGAGGAGUAUGCAGCUCAACCAGUCACCCAGAAGCAUGCGCUCUUCAAGUACAUUCUUGAACUGGGCUCAGCAAAAUUAGACAGAGACUAUGCUGGGUUUUCUCCACUGCAUAUAACAUCAGUUUUUGACGAUAAGUUGAGUUUUUUAUAUUUGAAUAGGCAGCAGAUGCAGUGUCUAAGUUCUCUUGAUCAAUCAUCCUAGAUGCUUUUAUCAUUUUUUUUCCGUAACCGUUUUAUUACUUCAAUUUAUAUUCCCUCCAUUUAUCUGUGUUUUCUGUAAUGUUGGACUGGUUGAUGUAGUAAGUAGUAGGUUGAGAGUAUAAAGAAUAGAGUCAUAACUUAUCACUUGUGAUU